CUUCUCUAACCCCAAACCCCCAGCCGGGUAUGCUUGGAAUGCUUCACAAACAUUCCCGGAAGUCUCGCGAUGUUGCGCGUCGGUUUAUAAACUCUAGUAGCACGGUUUACAGUAUUCAUUUAGUAGGGUAUACAUUAAAUAAUAUAAGUAACUUAAUGCAAGGGUCUCUUUUGUCUACAAAUUGGCUAAGAAUUUAGACAUUUUGAUAUUCCAAGUCUAAUGUUUGUGUAAACUUGCAAGGUUAUUAUAGGAUAGAAUGAAAGGUAUCUAGUCCCCAUUGGCUCAAUAUGCUAGUCAAUACUGAAUAAAUAUGUUUCAGUUUUUUCCCAUUGUGAAAAGGUAUUUAGAAAUUGAAAUGAUUGAUAUUAUAGCAAAAACAUGUAGAGCCUAUCUGGCAACAGUUAAAUGACCAUGCUGCUGACCAAGAAGAGGCUUAUGAGCUUUGCUGGUCACUUGACUUCACAAACAAUGAGGUCUUUAUGAUCAAAGAGGGAAAUUGCCUCACUAAUGAAAAUGGGUGAAAUCCCAUAUUUCCAUAUUAUAUUCUACCUCUUAUUUUUUAGUUUUUGUACAUGGUUUUAGAUCAAAAUAAUGGAUAGUCAACCUCAGUGGAGAGUGCAAUUUCUUAACUUGUUUCACAUCAGCUUGAGGUAAAUGUACUGCAUAGGCCUACUGGUAGCACAGAGUAAAAUAAUGUUGAUGUGUGCUGUCAAACGCCCUUGUGAUAAUUAUACAGCCUAGGCUACAAUGGAAUCACACAUUAGAACUGCUGUGUGCCCUUGGCUGUUACCAGGCCAUAAAGAGCCUAGGUUUUUUAAUCCAUAACUAGGUUGCAGUUGCCUAACUUUCAUUAAUGGUGCCUAUUGAAUGUUCUGGCUCAAUGAACCAAAAAUGGAUAGUAAUGAAGAGUCUUCAGAAUUAAAGAAAAGGGUAGGCAUAACAGAUUUUCUUUAUUUAUUGAUAUAAUGACAAAUAAAAAAUGUUGCCUGUUUGAUGACGAUAUCCACACAGAAUGGAUUAUCUGUAACCGGUGUGUGAGAGAGGAAUGCCUUUCACACAGUCAUAAUCAAUGGUUGCUGUGUAAAGAGUGCAGAAUGAACUUAGACUGUAAUUCGAUGUUAUGCUCAGACGAUGGGACACUGAUUAAAACAACUGAUCAAUUGUAUUAUAAUCAGUAUAUUUUCUGCGCAUCCAACCACAUUCUCGAAAGGCACUCUGCUUAAGGAUGAGUACGCUAGAGCAAACUUUGCACUUGUAAGAUAAAUGUAUUUUGCUUGACAGCAAAAUCUAUACAUUAAACAAAGUAUAGGACUCAAAAUGACUAAAAGAGAUACGGAAUAUCAACCUUUGCUUGAAGGUAUCACAGAAACAAAACAGAAAAUUAAGUGUCCUAACACAUCCCUUCUACUGGCAAUUUGUGCAGCUUGCAUCGGUGGAACCUUUCAAUAUGGUUAUAAUAUUUCCAUCAUCAAUUCCCCCACCAAGUCUGUGCAGAAUUUCAUCAACCAAACCUGGCUGGAGCGCUAUGAAGAGAACAUCUCAGAGCAAUACCUCACUCUACUGUGGUCCAGCAUCGUGUCCAUUUUCACAAUAGGUGGAUUUAUUGGAGCGACUAUUGGUGGAACACUGGCAAUUAGAUUUGGGAGAAAAGGGACACUGAUGAUGAACAAUGCAUUUGCCUUACUGGCUGCUCUGUUGAUGGGCCUGAGCUAUCCCACUGGAUUAUUUGAACUGCUCAUAAUUGGACGAUUUUUCACAGGAGUAAAUGCGGGCAUUGGCAUAUGCGUUCAGCCACUGUAUCUGGGGGAAAUCGCCCCAAGAGCACUUCGUGGCGCCAUGGCGAUGGGGACCUCUAUUUUCAUCACUGGGGGCAUCCUUACUGGACAGGUGAUUGGGCUUAAUGAGCUCCUGGGUAAAGAAGAGUACUGGCCCAUCCUACUCUCCACCACCUGUAUCCCAGCGUUCCUGCAGCUCCUCAUACUACCCUGGUUCCCAGAGAGCCCUCGCUACCUGCUGAUCGACAGAGGGGAUGACGUUGGAUGUGGAACCGCGAUGAAGCAACUCCACGGCACAGAUAACUUUGACCGCGAGCGGGAGGACAUGGAGAGAGAGAGGAUCAGCGCUAUGGGGAUCAAACCCAAAAAGCCCUGGGAGCUGUUCAUGGACCGCAGCCUCCGCUGGCAAGUCCUCACCAUCAUCGUGAUCAACGCCGCCCAGCAGCUCAACGGCAUCAACGCUAUUUAUUUCUAUACAGAUUAUGUGUUUGAGGAGGCUGGAAUUCCAGAGGUUAACAUACCCUACGUAACUGUGGGCACAGGAGCCUGUGAAUGCCUCACUGCCCUUACCUGUGGCAUGCUGAUCGAAUCUCUGGGACGAAAAGUGCUUAUCAUCGGAGGGUACACCCUUAUGGCUUUCUGGUGUAUUUGCUUCACUCUGACCCUCACCUUCCAAGGAGCAGGCCCAUGGAUACCUUAUCUUAGUAUGGGAUGCGUCUUUGCUUUCAUACUGAGCUUUGGCAUGGGACCAGGUGGUGUGACAAACAUCUUGAUCACAGAGUUAUUCACACAAACCACACGGCCUGCUGCGUACAUGAUCGGAGGGUCCGUGAACUGGCUCAGCUUCUUCUUCAUUGGCAUGGCGUUUCCAUUUAUUGUGACUAAGUUGCAGCAGUAUUGUUUCCUGGUGUUCUUGGUUGUUUGUGUCUUGGUGGCUGUAUACAUAUUCCUGGUAGUCCCCGAGACAAAGAACAAAACCUUCCUGGAGAUCCAAACAGAGUUCCAGUCUGGAGAAAAGAGGAAGGCUUCCAAAGCUGACCACAGCCCAAGGACAACAAUGUUGUCAACCCCUCUGUGAAACACAGCUCCAGUGUUGCUACCACACUAUGAAUAUCUCCCAGUCAUGGAUUUUUUUAAAGUUCCAGAAUGUUCAUUCUUUGUCAGGGAUCGUGAUUUUGAAGAGUAAACAUUAUGAUAACCGGAACACAGGAAACAACAUUUGGUGCUGUUAAUGUUACUGUUAAGUCCAGAUCCGCAACAUAUUGGAUCCAUUUUUACAAAUAUAUAGGUUAUAAACACUAAUUAUUUAAGGCUCAGUAGUUUAACAUACUGGUAAUAUGGUAUUAGCUGCUCAGGAUUACAUUAAGAAUUUUACUGGAAAAUGUGUUGACAUUUGAUUUAUAUCUGUAUCUGCCAACAUCUGUCAAUUAACAUUUUGAAUGAAUAAAAUACAUAAAAAUGACUA